CGGAGAAUCGUUCAAAAAUGUCCCUGCGGAGCGAGUGAAUCGUCGCCCGCAGUUGGAGUUGACGAGCUUUGGGGAAAAAAAUAACUACUUUUAAAAUAUCAUAUGCCGUUUCUCUCCUCUUCUCCUCCCUCACCUCAAUCACUCCGUUCAUUGCUCUGAUUCUCUGCACGGAAUCACCGUAUGCGGUGAUAUCCAACCCCUCCGCUACCCUCUAUCCCACUCUCUGUGACUGUCCGCAGUGCAGCCCGCAAUCGCCAAUAUGGCUCCUAUUGCAACUGCUGGCGAGGCCGUGGCGAGAAUCGCCUACCAGGCCAGUGAGGUCGUCCUCUCCGUCCAGCCAUCACUUCAGGGUGAUUCCUGGUUCUCUCAGACCUUGAAGAACCUGAGAGCUACCGGGUCCCGUAGCGUCAUUCCUGAAGGUGUACCAGAGGUUGUCUCUGUCCGAUACAAUGAAGACCCCCUCCUCUCUGCCUUCCACCCUCUGAAGACCGGCAAAUUUGUCUCUGCUGUGACUAGCUCGUCGGUUCUUCUUGCCUCCAUCCCUCACCUCUACCGCCUCGCGAACUCCCCCGUCGUUAUCCACGUCGCUUUGGAACCCUACCCCUUCCCCGACUACUCCGCGAUCAGCUCCAUCCGGCAAUGCGGUUUCACAUUCUUACACUCUGAGACCCUUCAGGAGGCCCAGGAUAUUGCGCUCACUGCUCAUGCUUUGGCUCGCAAGUCCGGCAAGGGUGUCAUCCACUUCUUCGACCCCGCGAACUCGGCCAACGACGAGCCCAUCGAGCAGGAGAACGCAAAUGCCUUCAAGUCGCUUUUGGACCUGGGCGCAGGUGCUGUCUCACACUCCGAGGGACACGGUGUGGAGACUCUGUACACAGACAGUGGCCGCAUUGCUACAGUGUCUGAGGAGACCGUGGAAGCCCCAGCUGCUGCCGACGAGGGAACUGCCACUCCUGCUCAGCCCUCGCAGACUCCCUCCAGCCGCAGCGUGGCCAACUCGUCCGUUGGUUCUUCAGUUCGUGACAGCAGUGCUGACAGCCGCGCCACUAGCUCAGCUGCUACCACUGUGGAUGGCUCUGUGCGUCCUGUGAGUGCUGCUGAUAUCUUUGCAUGGACGAGCCAAAUCUGGAAAGUGUUGUCGGAGACUGUCGGCCGCAACUACCGCGCUAUUGAGUACACCGGCCCAGCUGAUGCCAAGGAAGCCAUCUUCGUCUUCGGUUCGACCGGUGUGUUCGUCGAUGUUCUCGGAAAGGAGGACGUCCCUGCUGAACUAGCUAACAUCGGUUUGAUCACUGCUCGCCUUUACCGUCCUUGGGUGGGCUCCGAGAUUGCGCAGUCCAUUCCCCAGUCAGUCGAGAAGAUUGCUGUUCUGGAGCAAGUCCGCAAGACUACCAGAUGGGGUCCUUCGUUCAUGGACCUUCUGUCUAGCCUGACACCCGCCUCCGCUGGCGGCCGUAGCCCCCAAGUUGUUGGCUACAGACUCGGCUACGUUGAGCCUUCGACUGCCUCCCAGGCUCUUCGCGGAAUUGUCCAGAACUUGAGCUCUGAUUCCCCUAUUCAGAACCUUGAGAUUGGCAGCUCCAAGGUCCCUACCCUUCAGACUCCUCUUGAGCAGCCCCACGUUGAGAACGCGUACCUGAAGAUCCUGAACCAGCUCUUCGGCGAGCGGUUAUACCUUGCUAACCAGCUGGGCUCAAAGAACGCUGGCAUUUCCUCCACAAUCGCAGCAAGCCCCGAGUACGGUUUCGGUUCAUUGAUCGCCAGAAAGGAACACCGCAAGCGCUUUGUCCGUGAGGUUGAGGAUGCGUCCAAGUCCAACAGCUUUGCCACCGAGGUAGUCAAGAAGUGGCUCGCCGACUGGGCUAUCAAUGCAGCGGAUGCCAGCAAAGCUAACAAGUUGGCUCCUGAUGUCAUCUCCCGCCUCGGCAACGAUGGCUCUACUCUCUCCAGACAGCUCUUGGAGUCCAAGAAGCUUUUCUACAACGAGUCUCAAUGGCUGAUUGGCUCCGAUGCCUGGUCUUACGAUCUUGGAAAUUCUGGUGUCCACCACGUGCUGGCCUCUGGAGCGGAUGUUAACAUGCUGGUCAUUGACUCCCAGCCCUACUCUGAGCGUGCUGCGGCCGACCCCACUCGCAGAAAGAAGGACAUUGGACUGUACGCUAUGAACUUCGGCAACGCGUACGUCGCCUCCGUUGCUGUGUACGGCUCCUACACUCAGGUUCUCCAGGCUAUGGCCGAGGCCGAGCAGUUCAAGGGUCCUUCCAUUGUUGUUGCUUAUCUCCCAUACAACCAGGAGAACGACUCUGCCCUCACUGUUCUUCAGGAAACCAAGAAGGCUGUCGACCUUGGUUACUGGCCCCUGUACCGCUGGAACCCUGCCAACGAGGACCAGGGUGAGCCCAAGUUCGCUCUAGACUCCGAGCGCGUCAAGCGUGAGCUUGAGGAGUUCCUUCGCCGGGACAACCAGCUUACUCAACUCAUGAACCGUCAGCCCAAAUACGCUUCCGUUCUUUCCGAGUCUUACGGCACUGAGGUCCGUUCGCUCCAGAAGCGCCAGGCCAAGGACUCUUACGAAAAACUUCUCGAGGGUCUUUUCGGUGCUCCUCUGACCAUCCUGUUCGCCUCCGACAAUGGUAAUGCUGCGACAUUGGCGAAGCGUCUUGGAAACCGUGGUCGUGCACGUGGUCUGAAGACCAUUGUCAUGGCCAUGGAAGACUACCCUCUCGAAGACCUCCCGACCGAGGAGAACAUUGUCUUCCUCACCAGUGUCGCUGGUCAGGGAGAGUUCCCCCAGAACGGUCGUGCCCUGUGGGAAUUCGUGAAGAACUCUGGUGACCUCGACCUUUCCACCAUCAACUACUCCGUUUUCGGUCUCGGUGACAGCCACUACUGGCCCCGCAAGGAGGACAAGAUCUACUACAACAAACCGGCCAAGGAUCUCGAUGCCCGCAUCACCUUCCUCGGUGGACGUAAACUAACGGACAUUGGUCUUGGUGAUGACCAGGACCCCGACGCUUUCCAGACCGGCUAUGCUGAGUGGGAACCCCGCCUCUGGCAGGCUCUGGGAGUCGACAAGGUCGAGGGUCUUCCCGAGGAGCCCGCUCCCAUAACCAACGAAGACAUUAAGAUCGAGUCCAACUUCCUGCGUGGUACUAUUGCCGAGGGAUUGCUUGACGAGAGCACCGGGGCUAUCUCUGCCAGUGAUCAGCAACUCACCAAGUUCCACGGUACUUACAUGCAAGAUGACCGUGAUCUCCGUGAUGAGCGCAAGGCCCAGGGUCUUGAGCCUGCCUAUAGCUUCAUGAUUCGUUGCCGUCUCCCCGGUGGUGUCGCUACCCCAUCUCAAUGGCUGCAAAUGGAUGCCAUCAGCAGCUCUCACGGUAACGAGACGAUGAAGCUCACAACCCGUCAGACCUUCCAGUUCCACGGUGUUGUCAAGCGCAACCUCCGUGGAGCGAUGCGUGCUAUCAACAAGGCUCUGAUGACCACCAUUGCCGCCUGCGGUGAUGUUAACCGUAACGUCAUGUGCAGUUCUCUCCCUGAGCUCUCUUACUACCACCGCGAGGUGCACGCCGUCUCUCAGAAGAUCAGCGACCACCUUCUGCCUUCCACAACUGCGUAUCACGAGAUUUGGCUAAAGGACGAAGAUGACAAGAAGGUCCAAGUUGCGGGUGAUGCCAUUGUUGACCACGAGCCGUUGUAUGGACCUACCUACCUUCCCCGAAAGUUCAAGAUCACUAUUGCCAUCCCCCCUCACAACGAUACCGACGUCUACGCGCACGAUAUUGGUUUGAUCGCCAUCAAGGGCGCCGAUGGGCACUUGGAGGGUUUCAACGUUCUUGCUGGUGGUGGUAUGGGUAGCACUCACAACAACAAGAAGACGUACCCCCAGACCGGCCGCAUGUUCGGUUACGUGCCAGCUGAUCAAGCCCACAUCGUUUGUGAGAAGAUCAUGCUCGUCCAGCGUGAUUUCGGUGACCGUAAGAACCGUAAGCACGCCCGUCUGAAGUACACCAUUGACGACAUGGGCGUUGAGGCCUACAAGGAGAAGGUCGAGGCCCUUCUUCCUGGUAACUUGCGCUUCGAGGAGCCUCGUCCUUUCAAGUUCGCCUCCAACAUCGAUACCUUCGGCUGGCAGAAGGAUGAGAAGGGUCUCAACCACUUCACCUUCUUCAUCGAGAACGGCCGUAUCGAGGACACUUCCGAGUUCCGCAUGCGCACCGGUCUCCGCGAGCUUGCGGCCCUUGACAAGGGCGAGUUCCGUCUCACCGGUAACCAGCACUUGAUCAUUUCCAACGUCAAGGAUGAAGAUCUCCCCGCUAUCAAGGAACUGAUGGCCAAGUACAAGCUCGACAACACGUCCUUCAGUGGUCUCCGUCUGUCCUCGUCAGCCUGUGUUGCCUUCCCCACCUGCGGUCUUGCCAUGGCUGAAUCCGAGCGCUACCUCCCCGUCCUGAUCUCGAAGCUCGAGUCGACCCUCGAGGAGGCCGGUCUCGCACGCGACAGCAUCGUCAUGCGUAUGACUGGUUGCCCCAACGGCUGCGCCCGACCCUGGCUCGCCGAAGUCGCCUUCGUCGGUAAGGCUUAUGGCGCCUACAACAUGUACCUUGGUGGCGGUUACCACGGACAGCGUCUAAACAAGCUAUACCGCUCUUCCAUCAAGGAGGACGAAAUCCUCGACAUCAUGAAGCCCCUACUCAAGCGUUACGCUCUUGAGCGCAAUACCGACGGCGAGGAGCCCGAGCGAUUUGGUGACUGGCUCAUCCGUGCUGGUGUCAUCAACGCGACUACCGAUGGAACCAACUUCCACGAAGGAGUUGCCGAGGAAGACGAAGAAGAGGAGUAGGCGACUGCAGAUGCACAUAGAUAAAACGAAACGCGGUCACGGCCCACAACUUAUUGUUGUUAUAUUGCAUAUCUCACGAUUGUCAUGUUCUGCUGCUGGCUUUUUCUCUUUUUUGCGCUUUUUAGAUUACCAAAUUCCCUGUUUGCUUUGCUUCUUGGUUUGAUCUGACUUGUUUGGAUAUACCAUGGUUAUUAAAAAUUUUCUCCUAGUGAAUGCGAUUUAUGUUAGAAAUAUUCUCUGUUACUUUAGAACCUUUGUAUAGAACUAUACUGUCUGUAAAAGUAGUUCAUGAGGAUUAUUUCAAGCUGAGUUUGUUAUUUUUUCUGCAUAUUGUCAAAAAUAUAUUUUCUUAGCCC